GACGUCACCAUUACGUGGAGCGGGCACUCGGACAGGCAGAUACCGACAGAGGAAGUCGAAGAUGCGUGUCGUUGCAGUUUAACAUCUAAUCUUGGCUCCUGCCGUGUCUGCAGAGACAUACACACCAUACUGAGGCCUCGAUGGCCUCAGAUAUGGAUUACAAGGUUGUGUUUGCAGCCUUGGAGUGCGUGUGCGAAGACAACAUUUCCACUCUGUGCAACGACUCGUACAGCACUGUUGCUGAGCGCCUGGUCACAUGUCUGCGACAGAUUCAGGGACAUGGCCGGGCUCUGGAGCCUAUGGUCGCCAUGCUGACCACCAUUUACCACCACUAUGACUUUGAUGCACAAACGCCGGGGAAUGGGUACCGCACCCUGGUCAAGGUUCUGCAAGCUUGUAUUGUGCACAUCAUUCACAAGGGCCGUUACAUUGCUGCUAACUACACCAGUGCCUUCUUCAGGGCCGAACACAACGUGUCUGAGAUGGAGGCAUACGCCAGCGCCCUCUGCCAGCUGCGUGCCUUGCUUCACCUCGCCAAGCAGCUGAUCAACGACAACCAGCACGGUCAGUUGUUGUCCCCAAACGACGGAGACCUGAGCCACAGGUUUGUGCAGGAGUACAGUUCCAUGCACAAAGCCUGUUUCUACGGACGCUGCCUGGGUUUUCAGUAUUCUCCUUCUCUGCGUCCAUUCCUACAGAGUGUUGUCAUCAGCAUGGUUUCCUAUGGAGAGACAUUUGGUAAACAGCAGUCCGGGUUUGGUGUGGCAGCACUUUCUCUCCUCACAUCAGGGAAGUACGUCAUUGAUCCAGAGUUGCGAGGAAUUGAGUUUGAACGCAUUACCCAGAAUCUGGAUCUGCCGUUCUGGAAGUCCUUCUGGAACCUCACAGAGUCCGGCCUUAUAACAGGCUUCAGCAGAAUAACUUCGAACCCAGUUCAGCUGAACUUCACCAUGACUGUGCCUCCUGAGACUUUACACCUUCCUCUGGCCUCAGAUCCAAGUCUGACAACCACUGUGUCCCCUCCAGUUGCUCUCUGGGGCCCAGGACCCGUGCACAUGCGUCUGAUCUCCUAUGAGCUUCGAGAAGGACAGGACAGUGAAGAGCUGCUGGCCUUGUCCAGAUCUGUCCCUCCUCCCCUCUCCGCCACUCAUAUGCCCUGGGUACAGAAGCAGCCCCGCUCUCCAUGGCUGCUCAUCCACUUCCACGGAGGAGGUUUUGUUGCUCAGACGUCCAAAUCACAUGAGAGUUAUCUUCGUAACUGGUCCAAGGAGUUGAACGUCCCCGUCCUCUCCGUCGACUACUCUCUGUCGCCUGAGGCGCCUUUUCCCCGAGCACUGGAGGAGUGUUUCUACGCCUACUGUUGGGCCCUGAACAACUGCCACCUGCUGGGCUCCACAGCAGAGCGGGUUUGUCUGGCAGGUGACAGCGCUGGAGGGAACCUCUGUAUCACUGUGUCCAUGAAGGCCAUUUCCAUGGGCGUUCGAGUCCCUGAUGGCAUCAUGGCUGCCUACCCUGCCAUCUUACUCACCACUGAUGCCUCGCCCUCCCGACUGCUCACGCUCAUUGACCCGCUGUUGCCUCUAGGUGUUCUUGCAAAGUGUCUCAAUGCCUAUGCAGGUGCAGAAUCAAACGUGGUGCAGCCUUCAGUGACAAACAACAGUCUGAGCUCUUUGAGCAGAGACACGGCCGUGCUGCUCAGCGAUCUCACCCAGGGAGCCUCCAACUGGAUCCAGUCCUUUCUGGACCCCAUGCUGACCUCAGGUGGAGCGCUCUCCAUGUCAUCACUGCAGAGACGGCAGCAGAGCAGCGAAACCAGGAGGACAUUGACUCAAAUCUCCGAGCCAAACGCUGUUUGUCAUGUUGAUUACCCACAAGGCUUUGAGCCCUUACGCUCUGAGUGUCUGGCCUUUAUCCGCCCGACCUCCUCUCCCAUCAUCAGGAACCCGUUUGUGUCCCCGGUGCUGGCUCCAAACAACCUGCUGCGAGGUCUCCCGCCUGUGCACAUCGUGGCCUCUGCUCUGGACGCCUUGCUGGAUGACUCUGUGACGUUUGCCAAGAAGCUGCAAGACAUGGGUCAGCCUGUGAGUUUGACGGUCGUGGAGGACCUGCCCCACGGCUUUCUCAACCUGUCGCCGAUCGCCAAGGAGACGGAGUUUGCCUUGGAAACCUGCGUGGCACGGAUAAGGGAGGUUUUUGAGCAAGAAAGAACGACGCCUGCUCUUCUCAAACGGCCAAAGAAUGAAGUCACUUAAGUAAGAGGACCAAAACGUGUGUGAUUUUUGUGGAUGAAGAAGAGAAAGUGAUGUGUGGUUGAGUGUUGUGCAAUAAGUUAAAGGAAAGUUCAGGGAGGAUUAUGGGGAUGAACCAGAUCACUGUAAAACAAACAGGAAGAAGCUUAUUGAGGCUCUGCACUUGAAACCUGUACUGCACAACAUUUUCUGUUCAAAAGAAAAACUAAUAACUUUAACUUUCUCCACUAAUAAUACAAUUAUUACUACUACUUUUACUACAAGUAUUUUUCUACUAAGAUUGAUAUGAUAAAGAUGCAGAUUUACACAGUAAAUGAAACUUAACACUAAACAAUGUGGUUGUAAUUUUUAAAAUAAUGUCAUUUUUAAUUUUAAGUAUUUCUGUAUUUCCAUCGUGUAUGAAGAUUUACUUGUAUAGGGAACACAUUUGUGAUGCAUUAUCAUUAUUAAUGUUAUUAUUUUAUAAUUUGGAUUCACUGAAUUGUGUUCAGUUUGUCACAUGUUUACAGCUCAUGAAAAAAAAGACCCUGUAUUCACCGACAGUGUGUGGAUGUGACGCGUUAUAUUGUAAAUUAAUGUACAUUUCCUCAUGAUAAAUAUUUACCACAGGUUAUUUAAAGUCUGUAUUAAAUCAGAAAUGCAAACAU